AUGUCCGACAAAGAUGCGGAGACGCAGUCGAAUCGAUAUCCGCAGGAAACGACCACCGAGACCGAACACACAAGGCCAAUGUCUGGGGAAUCCGAGCCCACGGGGAAUUCUGCCCCGGGGUCGAGAUCGGGGUCUCUUCCGCGGAGUCAUUCUCUGAAUGUGAUUCCCGCGCGACAUAGUAUCGGGCAGGGCCGACCGUCCCUCGUCUCUUCACGCCCGUCCAUGCCUCCUUCGCGAACGCUGUCGGAUUCCGGGCGACGCUCGUCCCAUCAGCACCAUGUGCGUUUUUCGACCGACCUCGAACGUCCCACAGCGGAGGAGAUUAGCCAGCAACAGCAACAACAGCCCCGGACGGAUCGACGACGCUCUCGAGGGCUGUCCAUCAAUACAGAUAUCGCGCAGCAAACUUCCUCCGGCAGGUCUCCGGAACGAAGCACUACCUCUCCUCUCUCGCCUCGAAAUGCUCUCUCUCCUACCUCGCCCCAGAGCCCGGACUCGGCCGGUCGUUCUCGAUCCCGAAAUCGUGGAUACUCGCUGCGACGAACGAUCUUUGCGAAAAAUAUCCAGACCCAGUCGGGCGGGACCUCGCCUGGGGCUAUCGAAUUGGGCGACGCCGUGAGUCCGCAGGCUGAAAGUCCGCAGGAACCCUCGCUGCCGGAAAGCCCGCAGAAGCAAGACGACGUCGCGAGACAACCUCGUAUUUCGACGGAAACCGAGAAGAGCCAUGUCCUGGUAGCACAGACGUCGAUGCCCGAGUCCAAUUCGGCAGAUGGGACUUCGACCACUUACGUCUCGGAACCGUCCGAGGGCCUCAAGCAAGGCAGACAUCUUUCCAUGUCGAUUUCGCAUGAGCGCUGGUUGAAGAAGAGAGCCAUGAUUGCGACGUUUCAGGCCCGCAUUGAGGCCAUGCUUGAAGCUGUGCGCAAGACCAUCCUUCAGAUCAAGGAAAUCCCGCCGAGCAAGGAUGGUCGCCACGUCGAUCUCGACCCUACGCGCACGGAGACUCUGGUCGAUGAGCGAACGGGGAAGGCCUAUGUGGGCAAUUGGAUCCGUUCCAGUCGAUACAGUUUCUGGAGUUUCUUCCCUCGGCAGCUGUGGGCACAGUUCACCAAGCUGGCUAACUUCUAUUUCCUGGUCGUGGCGAUUCUGCAGAUGAUUCCCGGCUUGAGUACUACGGGUACCUUCACCACGCUGAUCCCGCUUCUGAUCUUUGUUGGAAUUUCCAUGGGCAAGGAAGGUUUUGAUGACUGGCGCCGGUAUCGUCUGGAUAAAGAGGAAAAUAACCGCUUUGCCUCUGUGCUCCGUCCGGGCGUCGCAUUUGCGGAUCAGUCACCAACCGACGACAACGCUUCGAUAUCAAGUGAGGAUCGGAACUGGGCUCCCGUCAAAUGGGAAGAUAUCAAAGUCGGGGAUGUCGUCAAGCUGGAGCGUGAUCAGCCGGUACCCGCGGACAUGGUCCUGCUUCACGCGGACGGGCCCAAUGGCGUGGCCUACAUCGAGACCAUGGCCCUCGAUGGCGAAACCAACCUCAAGAACAAGCAGCCUUGCCAGCCCGUGGCUAAGGUAUGCAGCACCGUCGACGGUAUCUGCAGUAGCGCGAUCCACUUUGCGGUCGAAGACCCGAACAUGGACCUUUACAAGUUUGACGGCAAUGUGAUGAUCGCCGCUAAUGAGAAGCUGCCUUUGACCAACAAUGAGAUCGUCUACCGCGGCAGCAUUCUCCGCAACACAGAGCAAGCUAUCGGCAUGAUCAUCUACACCGGUGAGGAGUGCAAGAUCCGUAUGAACGCGAACAAGAACCCGCGCAUCAAGUCCCCUUCCCUCCAGGCCAAGGUGAACCGGGUGGUGAUGCUCAUCGUGCUUCUCGUGGUCUUGCUCGCCGUGGCCUGCACGGUCGCGUACAAGUACUGGUCCCGCGACGUCGAGAGCCACGCCUGGUACCUCGCCGAAGCCAACGUCGACUACGGUCCGAUCUUCACCUCGUUUCUGAUCAUGUUCAACACGAUGAUUCCCAUCUCGCUCUACGUCAGUAUGGAAAUCGUCAAGGUCGCCCAGAUGCUUCUCCUGAACGCCGACAUCGACAUGUAUGAUCCGGAGACGGACACUCCUAUUGAGGCGCGCACGUCGACCAUCAACGAGGAGCUGGGCCAAGUUAGCUACAUCUUCUCCGACAAGACCGGCACACUCACCAACAACUCUAUGCGCUUCCGCAAGAUGAGUGUUGCCGGCACGGCAUGGUACCACGAUUUCGACCUUCGCGAAGAAGCCGCCAAAGAAGGGGAUCGGGAGAAACUCAUCCACAAGAAGCGCAGCGCCAAGGGCAAGAAGGCCAUCGGCCGCAAGUCCAAUGCUUCAGAGGCUAGGUCGUACCUCGCACGAGCCGGCUCAGCGUCGAUUGCGCGUGGAAUGCCGGCAUUCGGCCAAUCGAAUUCGAACAACCGCACGACCGACAUGCUGAGGUACAUCCAGCGCAAGCCGUACACGGUCUUUGCCCGGAAGGCCAAGAUGUUCAUCCUCUCCAUCGCCCUGUGCCACACCUGUAUCCCGGAAACUGAUGAGCACGGACACACUACUUUCCAGGCCGCAUCUCCUGACGAGUUGGCCUUGGUUAUGGCCGCUCAGGAGCUUGGGUUCCUUGUCUGGGAUCGUCAACCCAACACACUGACCAUCCGCACUUUCCCUAAUGGGCACAGAGGUCAGGCUUGCGAUGAGGUCUACGAGGUCAUGGACGUGAUCGAGUUCUCCAGUGCCCGCAAAAGGAUGUCGGUUGUUGUGCGCAUGCCUGACCAGCGCAUCUGCGUGCUCUGCAAAGGAGCGGAUAGCGUUCUGAUGCAGCUGCUUAAGCGGGCGUCUCUGGCGCAAGAGAAAGUGAUCGAAAUCGAACGGCGUGCCAGCAAACGCAAGGCGGUCGAGGCUAACGAGGUCAUCCGACGCAACAGCGAAUACCAGAGCCGCAAGGAUAGCGGGCCCCGGCCCAGCUUCAGUCGGCCUAGCAUGACGCAUCGACGGUCGAGCGUUUCGGGACACCGCGUGUCCGCCCUGAGGGACAGCGUGGACGUCUGGCUGCGCGAUCGGGAGACGGACGGUGGGAUUUUGAAUCGGAGUAACGACGCCGAGUAUUACAGCCCUCGGCCGUCGACUCAGACUGGUCGGCCGUCUACUACCGUUUCUGAUUCGGGCAGUUCGGUCAAUGAAGAUGAUGAGGACCUGGUCGAGGAGGGUCUGGUCGUCAAUGAAGCCGCUGUCUUUGAACGCUGCUUCCAGCAUUUGAAUGAUUUUGCGACGGAGGGUCUGCGGACAUUGCUGUAUGGUCAUCGUUUCAUCGACGAGAAUACGUACACUACCUGGAAAUCGGCAUACCGCGAAGCCUGUACCAGCCUGGUCGACCGACAGGAGAAAAUCGAGCAGGUCGGCCAGCAGAUCGAGGCGCAACUCGAGCUGACCGGUGCCACGGCCAUCGAGGAUAAAUUGCAAAAGGGCGUCCCCGAGGCUAUGGAUAAGCUGAGACGGGCGAACAUCAAGAUGUGGAUGCUGACUGGUGAUAAGCGGGAGACUGCCAUCAACGUCGGCCAUUCGUGUCGCUUGGUCAAAGAUUACUCGACGCUCGUGAUUCUGGACCACGAGACCGGCGAGGUUGAACAGUCGAUUGUCAAGCUGACGGCAGACCUCACUAAACGCACGAUUGCGCAUUCAGUGGUGGUCGUUGACGGACAAACGCUGGGUAUGAUCGAGGCUGACGAGACUUUGAGGGUUCAGUUCUUCAAUCUGGCCAUCAUGGUGGACUCGGUCAUCUGCUGUCGCGCCAGUCCCAAGCAAAAGGCGUUCCUUGUCAAGUCGAUCCGCACGCAGGUGAAGGAUUCUGUAACUUUGGCGAUUGGCGACGGUGCCAACGAUAUUGCCAUGAUCCAGGAGGCCCACGUCGGCAUUGGUAUCACCGGAAAGGAAGGACUGCAAGCGGCGCGCAUUUCAGACUACUCUAUCGCUCAGUUCCGGUUCUUGCUGAAAUUGUUGCUCGUACACGGACGAUGGAACUACAUGCGAGCGUGCAAGUACACUUUGGGCACGUUCUGGAAGGAAAUGCUGUUCUACUUGACGCAGGCUCUGUACCAGCGCUGGAACGGAUAUACGGGGACCAGUCUGUACGAGCCAUGGGGCUUGAGUAUGUUCAAUACCUUGUUCACCUCGCUAGCCGUCAUCUUCCUGGGUAUCUUCACCAAAGACCUGUCCGCAUCGACAUUGCUUGCCGUUCCUGAGCUGUACACCAAGGGUCAACAACACGGCGGGUUCAAUAUCCGGCUGUACCUUGGCUGGACGUUCAUGGCGACUUGCGAGGCGAUGGCCGUCUACUUUAUUAUGUUCGGGCUCUUCGCCAACGUCCUUUUCACGCACACCGGCAGCGACAUCUUUACCUCUGGUCUUCUGACCUACUCCGCCUGCGUCAUCAUCAUCAAUACCAAACUGCAGGCCCUGGAAGUGCACAACAAGACCUAUCUCUCCCUCGCCGUCAUGAUCAUCUCCAUCGGCGGCUGGUUCGUCUGGAACCUGAUCCUGUCACGCCAGUACGACAUCAGCUCCGGCGAUGGCAUCUACCACGUCCCGGGUAACUUUAUCUUCCAAUCGGGCCACGAUCUCGCCUUCUGGGCCGUUCUGCUCCUGACAGUCAUCGCGGUCGUCGUUUUUGAAAUGACCGUUUCCGCCCUUCGCGCGUUAUUCUUCCCGUCCGACGUCGACAUCUUCCAGGAGUACGAGCAGGACCUGGAGAUUCGCAAACGUUUCGAAGAGGCCGCCGCCUCCGAGCUGCAGCAGGGCUGGGACCACGGCAAAAAGAAAUCCAGCUUCGAGAUCGCGCGCGACGUCGCGGAGUCUGAGGCUCGCGAGAAACAGGUCCAGGAAUUGCUGGCCCGGCCAAGAGUCAUGAGCAAGACCGGUGACGGACACGUCGAAAUGGAAGAAGUUGACGGUCCGGCUGGCGGGCAAGCUGCUGUCAGCGUGGCCGAUGAUGAGGUCAGCCAUGCUCGGCGACGAUCCGUCGAAGUCCAUGAACUGUUUACGAAGGGGUAUGGUGCUAUCCGGAAGGGUCAAUUGAAGUGA